AAACUUUAGGGGAAAAAAACCCACAAAACCACUGAAAGUUUUGGUGUCGUGCAGGAGGAACAUCAGCAGCUCAGCAUGCCGGUGUUUCACACCAAAACCAUCGAGAGCAUUCUGGAGCCGGUGGCCCAGCAGAUCUCCCACCUGGUCAUCAUGCAUGAGGAGGGCGAGGUAGACGGUAAAGCCAUCCCAGAUCUGUGCGCUCCUGUAGCGGCCGUGCAGUCUGCCGUCACCAACCUGGUCCGGGUGGGAAAGGAGACGGUGCAGACCACAGAGGAUGCCAUCAUGAAACGAGACAUGCCGCCUGCCUUCAUAAAGGUGGAGAACGCAUGUACCAAACUGGUCCAGGCAGCUCAGAUGCUGAAGGCCGAUCCGUACUCGGUUCCAGCUCGUGAUUACCUGAUCGAUGGAUCACGGGGCAUUUUAUCGGGAACCUCCGACCUACUGCUCACCUUCGACGAGGCUGAGGUGCGUAAGAUCAUCCGUGUGUGUAAGGGCAUUCUGGAGUACCUGACCGUGGCUGAGGUGGUGGAGAGCAUGGAGGAUCUAAUCACCUACACCAAGAACCUUGGACCAGGCAUGACGAAAAUGGCGAAGAUGAUUGAUGAGCGUCAGCAGGAACUGACCCAUCAGGAGCAUCGUGUCAUGUUGGUUAACUCCAUGAAGACGGUGAAGGAGCUGCUGCCCGUGCUCAUCUCAGGAAUAAAGAUCUUUGUAACGACGAAGACGGCUCAGAGUGCAGGAAUAGAUGAAGCGCUGAAGAACAGGAACUUCACCGUGGAGAAGAUGAGCGCCGAGAUCAACGAGAUCAUCCGAGUACUGCAGCUCACAUCCUGGGACGAGGACGCCUGGGCCAGCAAGGACACGGAGACCAUGAAACGAGCUCUGGCUCUGAUCGACUCGAAAAUGGCUCAGGCGAAGAACUGGCUCCGGGACCCCCACGCACAGCCAGGAGAAGCCGGUGAGCAGGCGGUCAGGCAGAUUUUGGAUGAAGCAGGGAAGGUGGGUGAGUUGUGUGCAGGCAAUGAGAGAAGAGAGAUUCUGGACACAGCCAAGGCCCUCGGUCAGCUCACGGACCAGGUCUCGGACCUGCGCUCCAGGGGAUCUGGAACCAGUCCGGUGGCGAUCCAGAAGGCGCAGCAGGUCGCUCAGGGGCUGGAUGUGCUCUCCAUGAAAGUGGGGAACGCAGCAGAUAAACUGGAGGCCAUGACCAACUCCAAACACGCCCUCGCCAAGAAAACUGAGGCAGCACAGGCCUGGCUGGCUGAUCCUGCGUCCGGUCCUGCGGGGGAGGAGCAUAUUAAAGCCCUGCUGGCUGAAGCGCAGAACAUCGCGGUGAUGUGUGAAGAUCCGCGCGACCAUGACGACAUCCUGCGCAACAUGGGCGAAAUCGCAGGGCUGACCAACAAACUGGCCCAACUCCGCAAAGCGGGUAAAGGUGACACCCCCGAGGCUCGUGCGUUAGCUAAGCAGAUCGCCACGGCUCUGCAGAACCUGCAGUCCAAGACCAACCGUGCCGUGGCCAACAGCAGGCCGGCCAAAGCCGCCGUUCACCUGGAGGGCAAGAUGGAGCAGGCUCAGCGCUGGAUCGAUAAUCCCACCGUGGAGGACGGAGGAGUGGGUCAAGCUGCCAUUCGGGGGCUGGUUGCCGAGGGGCGACGCCUUGCUAACGUGCUGCCGGGCUCUCAGAGGGGGGAUCUUCUGGGCAAGUGUGAGCAGGUGGAGCAGCUGAUGGGCCAGCUGGCCGAACUGAGCGCCCGCGGAGAAGCCGAUUCGCCCAAAGCGCACGCCCUCGCCCAGCAGCUCCAGAACGCUCUGAAGGAUCUGAAGGGUAAAAUGCAGGAGGCCAUGACACAGGAAGUGUCUGACAUCUUCAGCGACACCACGACUCCCAUCAAACUGCUGGCGGUAGCCGCUACCGCUCCACACGGCAUGCCCAACAGAGAGGAGGUGUUUGAGGAGCGAGCGGCGGGUUUCGAGAGCCAUGCCGCACGCUUGGGGGCGACGGCGGAGAAAGCCGCGGCUGUCGGAACAGCCAAUCGCACCACAGUGGAGGGAAUCCACGCCGCCGUCAAGUCCGCCCGAGACCUGACGCCUCAGGUGGUAUCUGCUGCUCGGAUCAUGCUGAAGAACCCCGGGAACCAGGCAGCUCAUGAGCACUUCGAGACCAUGAAGAACCAGUGGAUCGAUAACGUGGAGAAAAUGACCACUCUGGUGGACGAAGCAAUCGACACCAAGUCUCUGCUGGAUGCGUCGGAGGAAGCCAUCAAGAACGACCUGGAGAAAUGUCACGUGGCCAUGAUGAACCACCAGCCGCAGAUGCUGGUCGCCGGGGCCACGAGCAUCGCUCGUCGAGCCAACCGCAUCGUGCUGGUUGCGAAACGUGAAGUGGAGAACUCGGAGGAGCCCAAAUUCAGAGAAACCCUGAGGGAGGCAGCUAAUAACCUCAGCUCGUCUAUAUCGCCGAUGGUGAUGGGGGCCAAGAGCGUGGCUAACAACAUCCAGGACCCAAAUCUGCAGAAAAGAUUUAUGGACUCCGGCUAUAACAUAUUAGCAUCAGUCGCUAAAGUACGGGAGGCGUUCCAGCCUCAGGAACCCGACUUCCCUCCUCCUCCUCCAGACCUCGAGCAGCUGCAUCUUAACGAUGACGGUGCCCCACCGAAGCCCCCCCUGCCUGAGGGUGAGGUGCCGCCACCAAGACCUCCACCUCCUGAGGAGAAAGAUGAGGAGUUCCCAGAGCAACUGGCCGGAGAAAUGGUCAGCGAACCCAUGAUGGUGGCAGCUCGCCAGCUCCACGACGAGGCCCGCAAGUGGUCUAGUAAGGGUAACGACAUCAUCGGGGCGGCCAAGCGCAUGGCCCUGCUGAUGGCGGAGAUGUCUCGGUUGGUGCGUGGUGCCAGCGGUAACAAGCGAGCCCUAAUCCAGUGCGCCAAGGACAUCGCGAAGGCCUCGGACGAGGUGACGCGACUCGCCAAGGAGGUGGCCAAGCAGUGCACGGAUAAACGGAUCAGAACCAACCUGCUGCAGGUGUGUGAGCGUAUCCCCACUAUCAGCACACAGCUGAAGAUUCUGUCCACGGUGAAGGCCACCAUGUUGGGACGUACCAACAUCAGCGAGGAGGAAUCGGAGCAGGCGACGGAGAUGUUGGUGCACAACGCUCAGAAUCUGAUGCAGUCGGUGAAGGAGACGGUGCGCGAGGCCGAAGCGGCGUCCAUCAAGAUCCGCACGGAUGCCGGAUUCACGCUGCGCUGGGUCCGCAAGACCCCCUGGUACCAGUGAGAGGGGCAACACACACACCAACACACCUAGAGUCCCCCUCAGGUCCAGUUUCUUCUCUAUUAAACAGUAUCUGCUGCUCCUACACACGUCAUCCGUUAGAAACCAUCACAUCCGAUUUCAGUCUUUCAGUCACUUUUAUAUCAUUUGUAAUUAAAAAUAUAUUCGAGAUUCUCAGACUGUGUGGUUUUAUAUUUAAAUCUGCUAAAGUUUAUUAUAAUCAUGCAUUAAUGUUUGGACCUUUUUGAGAUCAUUUUGAAACAGAACAUUCAGUGUUUAUAUAUAGCAAUACCAAAAUAUUACCAAAAGUAUGUGGACACCUGAUUAUUACCUUGUUAGAAAUUAUAAUAAUGUGCAUUGGUUCUAAACCCACCUUAGUAUCUGUAACGAUCUCUACCUGCUCUCCUGCUUUCCUCAAAACUUGCUGACAGAAGGUCAUUUGUAAGGUCAGGUGCUGAUUAUACACUGCAUCUUAAAGUGUCCAUGUCUUCUUCCACAUCAGAUUGUCAAAUCUUACCAUGGUCUUCUUGGACCAGAACCGGCUUUCCAUCGAACAAAGCAACAAAGGUUGAAGCGUCAUUAAUCUUAGAUGAUGGAUUUUAUGCCCCAGUUAGCAAUUGGUGUGGCUGAAACACCUGAUUUCCACAUACUUGGGUGUAGGGGGGUGUCCACAUACUUUGGACCAAUUUUUAGUUCCUCAAUGUGCCUGACUCACGUCAGAAUGGUAUUUUUUGGUCAAGUUCUACCAAAGGCUCAUCACUACUCUAGCCCUGCGACGGCUUCCUGCUUUGUAGUAAAUUAGGACAGGGGGACUUGUAUGAUUUUUAUAUUCUAUGUACACACGACUUUAUUUGAUGUUAUUUGUUCCACGUCCCGCCUAUAGUAUAAAGUUGAGUCCUGCUCACUCAGGGUUAAUAUAGAUCAGCUUCAAUAACAUACUUAAACGAACCUGCAUUUGUUUAUACUGCCGCUAUCCGCCUGCAGCGCCCAAUAGAAACACAUUUCAUACAGAUAUCAAAGUGGCUUUGCUGUUAGCUACUGUUAUGUUCUGUAUUUUGAUUGGUUGAUUGGCAGCUCUAAAUUGCCCUUAGGUUUGGGUCAGUGAGUGUUGUGCAGAAUAUUGUGAUGAAUCGUAUCACUGAUAAUUGACACAUGAAAAUCUGAAUUAUGUUUAAUAACAUAAUUCUGAUUAUGUUAGUGGUAUUUUUGAGGUCUUACUUUAACUCUAACCGCCUCUGUUGGCUGGCGGCCUGGUGCUCAAAUUGUUUAUUCAGUACCCACACACUUACACAGAUAUAUAUUCAACGGCGUCGUCUGGAUUGUAGCAGAUAAUCACUGAGCUGAUGAUCACUUGUACACGAGUGCUUAUAUGCAGUCUAUAGUAUCUAUGCAUUUCUUUUUUCUUAUUUUUGUGUUGUUUUUUUUAUUUUAAUGAAGACCAGCAGUGUGAAUGUAAAUAUCGAUGUGUGCUGUACGAGUCCAUCACGUGCCUUAAUAAACCAACCAACCACUAA